CAUGAUAAAAGCCGGUGGAUAUUUCUAUUUUUACCUCGCUGUGCCUUGGCCCCUUUAGCUCGCUCUGCUGGACUAAAAGCAGCUCCAUAACUGCGUACUGGAUGAGAACGGGACCGAGCGUGUGGGACGUGUGGGCGCUGUUGCUUUAAUAGAGAGUUUCCUCCUCUCUGUGUUUGGAUUUGGACAUCUGUGGAAUAUUGCAGAGACAAACCGAGACUGAGAAAAGGGCAGAGUUGUGGAUUACGGCGAGUUGACCCUCCUGGUUGCUGUUCCUGUGGACAAGGGAGGAGGAAAAUGUCCAGCGAAGGUGACCCAGGAGGACAAGCGUCCACCACAGCACUGAGUACAGUGGCAGUUCAGGCAGGAGACACACAGAUUAUUGUUGCUGUACUAAAGUGUGGAGAGCUGGUUCAGCUGCAGCUGACUGAAGCCCAUCCGGACCUCCUGGAGAUCGGAAACAAUCAGGACGAAACCAAGAAACUUCUAGAAGAGCAUGAUCAACUUCUAUUCAAACUGAAGAGAAAUGAAGGAGGCGUGCGGGUGCUGCUGGAGGAGGCGGAUAAGACGGCGGAGGAGAACGAGGGCGAGGAGGACGUGUACAAGGCCAUGGCUCUGUCUCUCAGUGAGGCCUGGAAAAUGUUAGUGAGCCACCUGGAGAAACGCCGCUCACUCCUGCAGCUGGCCUGCCACUUCUACGACCACGCCCUGGAGUUCGCCAUUCAGAUUGAUGAAGCGGAGGAGCUGCAGUGUGCUGGACGCGAGCUGAACACUGACGUGUGUUUAACUGAGCUGAAGCACAAAUACAGCAGGGUGAAGAGAGGGCUGCUGCAGAAGUCCAUGCUGGCGCUGAAUAAAAGUUACGAGUUGUUGGAUUUCCUGAAGCGCUUCGAGGCUGAGGAGGCUCUACGGUAUGGAGGCGGAGCACGCGGUGCUCGUAACAGCUACAGGAAAGUGGAUGGACUGAUGGAGCUCCUGCAAGACCGACGCAGGGCAGUCGACCAGUGUAUGGCUCGACAAAUCCACCAUCAGGACGUGAAGAACACGAUCUCUGAGUGGGAGAAACAGGAACAGGAAGUAACGCGCUGGUUUAAGGAAAAUGCCGACCCGUUCUUGGAGAGGAAUCAGAUGGGCUCAUCCCUGUCUGAAAGUGAGGAGUUACUGCAGGAGCAUAAAGAGUUUGAACUCAAAGCCAAGCAAUGGACCCCUGUGGUUGAGCGACUUCUCCAGCAGGCAUCUGAGCUCCUUUCCUUAAGCGAUCAUGCAAAGCUUGACUCCAUCUCAGAGAAAAGUCAGAAUCUGCGCACCACAAACGAGCAGUUCUGGGAUCUAAUGAUGUGUCGACUGGGACAUCUGCACGAGAGCAACAGCUUCUUCAACAGCGCUAAUAAAGCAUUUGAAAUCUUGGGAACCAUUGAGAGCACCAUUAAGGGGUUGAGGACUUGGACUGUGCAGUUGACCGAGCUGGCUAAGAAGCACGAAGAGCUGCAUCGUAGUAUUAAAGAUGCGGCUGCUGAACCUCUUCAACGAGGACAGCUCAUACUUCAGAAGCUCAGUCCACAGAGUGCCCAAGUUGGAGGUGUACAAAGGAUGCUGGGAUACAUCAGAGAGCGGGUGGAUGGGCUGAGCAAGCAGUGUCAGGCCUAUAGGGAACUUGCUGGGAAGAAACAGCAGCUGCUGAGCUCCUUCGAUGAUCUGGAGGAAAAGAUUUCCAGCUGGAUUAAGAGUAGUAAUGGUGUCUUAUCCAGUAGUACAGAGCCUGGUUUCUCACUCUCUGAGGCUGAGGAAGUGCUCAAUAAACACCUGGAGUUAUCCACACAUACACAGUGUGUCAUGGGAGAGUCAGAUGCCUCUGAUGGAAUGAUUAAGGGACUGAGGAAGGUGGAGGCCGCUGAGGCAGUGGAGCUCUCCAACCGGGCCUCUGUUCUGAGAGAGCAGCUAAAGACACUGCAGAGGAACAUCUCCAUACGCCUGGAGAGCCUCAGGAGCUACGUUAGCUUUUUAUGUUCUGCCAAGGAGGUUGAAGAUCUGGUUAAGACAUUGUUGGAUUGCUAUAAGAAAAGGGCAGAGGAGGAAAAUGAGGAAACAGUCGCUUCGAUGAAAGAGGACAUGGACGCAAGAUGGCAGAAGUUCUUACAGAAGUUCCUUUCCAUGCAGGAUCAGGGCAACAACUUUAUCAAGUCCUCUACCAUGAUGAGUGAGACUCUGAGUCUGAACGUCAAAGCAGCAGCUAAUGUUGUGGAAAAGACCACAGACAACCUGAGCAGGAAGAAAGCCGAGCUCACUGACCUGUGGACGUCAUGGCAGCUCCAUUACAGUCAACUGAAGUCUGUGAAGAAGCAGUGGAAACAGUUCAAGGAUCAUCUUAAAAAGGUUGUGAAUGAACUGAAGUCUCUUGAGGGAAUUCUGGCCCCAGCAUCCAAACUUGACCUGGGCAGUGAUCUUCAGAGUGUGUCUAAGCUGCAAGAGAGCUUCAGCUCCACCAAGCCACAGUUUAUGCAACUGAACGCAGAAGUAGAAUUCCUGGUUAAGACGUCGGAAUUGCUGCCGCUGAAAGGAAUCCCGAUGAAGGAGAAAAACGAGAGGGUCAGCGAGCUUCUCCUGGUGCACCAACGUGUGAGGGAUAAAAUCCGCGAGUAUGAGACCGUUCUCAGCAUGGCCGUCAAAUUCCAUCGAGUUUAUCAAGAGGUGAGCGAGUGUUCCGGUGUGUUCGGAGUUAUAAAACCGGAUUUUUCCGAUCCUCAGCUGGACAACCUGUUAAAUGCUGAGCCGUUGAAAGGAUCGAGCGAUCCAACUCAGGCUAGGAUCCAGCUAAGCCAGCACCAGGAGCGACAGAACCACGUCCGGCACCUUUACAAGCUGGCCAUCUCGCUGGCAUCUGAUAUCACCAGCACUGUCCAGCAACCGCAAACAGUGUUCUCAGUUCAGGAGAAGAUGGAGCACCUGUGUCAGGGCAGUGUGAUCUGGGCUGCUCAGGCCAGCCAGUGUGAGGAGAACCUGAUGAGCAACAUGCACUACUGUGUGCUUAAAGAGGAGAUCAGUGAGCUCAGAGAGUCCUUUAAAGACAUCAAGAAGAAAUUCAACAAUUUGAAAUUCAACUACAUGAAGAAAAAUGAGAAGCUGAGAAACAUGAAGGCUGUAAAAAAUCAGAUCCAACAAAUUGACAUAUACUUAGAAAAGCUGCAGAUUUUGAAGAUGAAGCUGCAGGCCUUUACAGUAUCAAGCAGCAGUGAGAAGCAUCUAAUUGGCAGCAGUCCCAGAGAGCUGGAGGAUUCCAUCAAUGAGCUACAGAGACAGGUGGGAGAUUUUGACAGGACAGUUGAGGACUACAAGCAGAACUUGGAACUCAGCAUGAAGCUACAGCAAGCCAUGGAAGAGUUUGAGUUUUGGUGUGAGGAAGCGAGCUCCACCAUUGUGAGAGUGGGCAAAUACUCAUCCGAGUGCAAAACAAAGGAAGCCAUCAGCUCUCUGCAUAAGCAGUUUGAGAAGUUUGUCCUUCCCACAAUCCCACAGCAGGAGGAGAGAAUCAGGCAGGUCACAGAGCUGGCAGUGCGUCUUUAUGGUGCUGAGGAAGGGACGAGGUACAUGGAGAAAACUGUUAACAAGCACAAUGAAAUAGUGGAAUCAAUAAAGGAGUUGUUAAGUGGACUCGUAGACCUGGAAGCUAAAUUACAGGCUAAGUCUUUGAAUGCUCAAUUUGCUGAAGAAAACAAGACUUAUGACACCAUAGAAACUCCGGAGGCGAAGGAGACAGGCCACACUCCUGAGAUAAUGGGACAGGGUAGCACCAAAGACGACCUGGUCACCAAGAAAUCAGAAAGAAUGAAGCCACAGAUGUGCAAAUUACAAAGCCAAGACACACUGCUCUCAGAGACAAGCUGCUACAUGCAGAAGGCUUAUUCAAAGAGCACUGUGCAGACCAUCACCAGCAAGUCCACAGUUGAGAGGAAGGAGCAAACACACACCUCCUUCUUGCACACACACACGUUCAACGUGUCCAGUUCUCCUGUGGAGAGAGACAGGAGCAUCAGCGCACUCCAGCAGAACAAAAGGUCAUCUCAGGAUGAUACUCCACCUGCGCAGGGGGAAUGCCACACCGCAUCCCACUGCUCAGAAUUUCAGAAGGCGGAGAAACAGACAGCAGGCCUCCGAGGCCACCAUGAGAAAUUCCAGGGUGUUAGCGGCUCACACACUGCUGCACACACACUACACGCAGACGUAAAGAGUGAAGUGCUGCUUCCAGGAGAAGAGGAUCUUUUCUCCAGGUGUGCACCAGGCUCUGGUUUACCUCCAGAUCGAGAUUUCCAUCCUGACCACCUGAGUGAAGAGUCACUAUCUAACGAUGAGUAUGAGUGCACCUCACCGGAUGACAUCUCUCUCCCUCCUCUAUCUGAAACCCCUGAGUCGAACAUGGUCCAGUCUGAGAACGACCUAGAUGAUGGCUACUGUGUGAGCUCCCACAGCCUCCACAGGAGCCAGUAUAGCCAGCAGUGUCACUCCAGACACAGCGAUCCACUCCAUUUCCGGACCGAGGAAAGCUUCCCGUCCCCUAUGACGGGCCCGACUAGCCGAUUCAAAGCAGAAUCUUCCUCAUUUGUUCAUAGCCCGCUUAAUGUUCCCACCCCCCCAUUGGUCUCUAGCACCAUCUCCAGCAUCUUAAAGAGCAGCAAUUCGAAAGGCCUUGCCGAGUGCCAGCAAACCGUUUACUCCAUGCAUGAGAGCCGGAUCGAGAUGCAGGAGUGUGUGCAUGAACCUGCCUCGGCCCGACACUCUUCUGAUGCUCGGGCUGGUAACAUGCAUGCUUCCCUUAAACCAUUAACCUCAGAAAAGGAGCCAGAGCUGUGCAGGCCCACGGCCAUCCGUGAGGAAAUAAAGCGCUCGAGCAGCGCCAGGGCCAUGGGGAACCUAGCAGCAGGGCAAAGCCCUAACUUCUCCAAACACUUGUGUAAUACCAUAGUAAUGGAGGGCUCUCCGGUGACCUUGGAAGUGGAAGUCACUGGAUUCCCUGAACCUGCUUUAACUUGGUUCAAGAACGGACAGGAACUGCGCAGUGACGAGCGCAUAUCACUGUCCCAUAAAGAAGGCAAGCAUGUGUUGUUCAUUGAGAGAGCGGCAGAAAGAGACUCGGGCCAGUAUUUGGUUCGCGCCUCAAGCUCAGGCGGCACAGUUUCCUCCAGCUCCAUGCUGCAGGUCAAAGGUAAUAGCUGCUCAGACUUUGAUACCCUCAAACUGGACUGGCAAACCUGCUUCGGCACCCUGUGUGUACUCCUGUGGCUCCUUUACUUGCUGGUGUUAUAACACAGACACAGACCCUGAAAACAUCACUCCCACUGCCUUCUGCUCAUCACCUGCACUUGGUUUAUGAUUUCAGUUUUUUUUUUUUUUUUUUUUUAACAAAACUGACCUCUAGAGGUAUAUAUUCAGCAGCAUGAAGGUUUUUUUUUCUGUCACUUUAAAAGUCACUUGCUCACGAUCACUGGUAAUUAAUCUGACACUUACUUAAACAUUUAAUUAUUUUUUUUCUUUAGUAUUCCUAUAUUAUAUUUGUUAAUAUUCUGUCAAUUCUAAUGAGUAUCAAUAUAUUUUCUUUCCCUAAGGAUAAGGGGCUUCAAAGAGAUUACAUUAUAUUAUAUAUGCAUAUAUUAUAUGCCAUAUAUAUGAUGUUUUUUUAUUUUUUAGAAUAUGUUCUUUGUUUUGUUGCUCCCAGACUAUUUUAUUUAUGUGAUCACCUUGUUCUUUGGGGGGAAGGUAAACUUUUUUUUUAAAUUAAUGUUCUUCUGCCUCUACCAUUAAAAUAGUGCUGGUCAUUAAAUUUAAAUAAAGUGUUCUGCAAGCUGUGUGGUAAACAUCUCUCUAGUUCAUGUGAUGUGCUGUUUAUGCAUAUAACCAGCAUCAGAUUUAUCAUAAUAUAGAAUAGAAUAGAAUAAAACACACAGCCUCUUUUAUAACCAAUUUCCACUCUGACAAAUGAAGGUAAUGUGGUACUAGAACUUCAGCCUGAGCUUGCCUUGAUUGUUAUAUUCCCCGUUUACCUGAAAUAUGAACAGUUGUGUUUUUAUUAUUAAAGUCCUUCACCAGCUGUGGAAGCAAACUACUAUGUAUAUAUUAAAGAAUAUACUGUAUGUUGCUGCAAAAAUGGGCCUGUUUGAGGAAUUGACACAGGAUGGUGAGAACGCUGCAGUUCUACAUGUGGAAACACUAUGGUGGUGAGAGAGGUCAGGCUAGAAUGGACAGAAUGGUUUGAGUUUAUAGGAAGGCUAUGGUAACUUAAAUAAACACUCUUACAACAGAGGUGAGCAGAAAGUAUCUCACAAUGCACAAACCUCGAGGCAGAUCCACUGCAACAGCAGAAGAACCUAUCACGUUCCACUCCUGUCAGCCAAGAACAGAAACCUGAUUCUACAGUGGGCACAGAAUCACCCAAACUGGACAAACAGGAUACAACGGUUUUUAUUUAAAAUCCAUUAUAACAAAUAUGGCACAACCCAAACACUACAAAGAUCAUCCAGGUAAUAACAUUCCUGUGAUCAAGCAUACUGGUGGUAGCACCAUGCUCUACGGUUGCUUUUCGAGAGGACAUGGAAAUGUGGAUUGAGCCAAAUAUAAGCAAAUUGUUGGUGAGAACCUGUUCCUGUCAGCCAGACAUCUGCAAAAAUAUAUGUUCCAACAGAACAAUGAGCCAAAGAAAAGGACAAAAACUAUAAAGGAGUGGCCCAGAUCUAAAAUAUAUUGAAAUAUGUGAAACUAUGUGGCAUGACUUGAAAAUUGAAAUUGUAAACUUUCUGGAGGUACUGCAUUACACAUUUGGACCCCCCUAAUGUCCAUACCAUGGUUACGUCCUUGCUUGGAUUUAUGAACUUAACAUAAUAUAGUUUAGAAGUAAAUCCAGCAAAAAAUGCCCCUCCACCUAACCAAAAACUCCAACAACAAACAAUUGCAAAUAAAAAUAAAUGUCCUCUCACAUUCAACUGCUUUUAUUUCCAGCAAAAUUCUUAACAUGUGUAAAUAUUUGUACUAAAAUAAAAACAUUCAACAACUGAGACAUUAACUGGAGAAGUUUCGCAGACAUUUGAGGAACAGAAAUGGAAUAAUGAGUCCCUGAACAAAUGGGGGUCAAUAUUAAAAGUAACAGUCAGUAUGUGGUGGCCUCCAGCUGCUUUAAGUAGUACAGUGCAUCUCAUCCUCAUGGACUGCACCAGAUUUGUCAGUUCUUUUUGUGAGAUGUUACUCCACUCUUCCACCAAGGCAUCUGCAAGUUCUCCAUCACAUCUGGGGGGGAUACACGGUUACAUGUCAUUUUCCACUGCAAGGACGAUCAGCUGUCCUUCCUGUCUCCCUGUAGCACCGUCUUAGACGUCUUACAUUACAGACAUUGCAGUUUAUUGCUCUGGACACAUCUGCAGUCCUCAUGCCUCCCUACAGCAGGUCUAUGGCAUGUUCUCACAGGAGAACAGGAACCCUAGACAUCUUUCUCAUGGUGUUUUGCAGAGUCAGUAGAAAGGUCUCUUUAGUGUCCUAAGUUACUGACUGUAAUCAUCACCUGCCUGUAAAUGGUUCGUGUCUAGGUUCAUGUGCAAUAAUUGUUUAUGGUUCAUGGAACAAGCAUGAAAAACAUCGUUUAAACCCUUUCCAAUAAAUAUCUGUAAAGCUUAUUUGAAUUUUACAAAAUUAUCUUUAAAAUACAGUCUCCUGAAAAAAGGAAAUUUCUAUUUUAGUUUUGAAUAAGUGUUUGAAUGGUCAUCUGGUGCCCCAUCCAGGGUGUAUUUCUGCCACACAGCCAGUGUUCCCAGAAUAGGCUCCAGUUCCAUCCAAUAGGCUUCCUGACCAGUAUAAAGCACUGAAGAUGGAUGGAUGAAUGAAUGAAUACUUUCUGUCUGUUGGGUAGCACUGAACAGACCCGUCACUGUUAUCACAUGGCUCCCCCACUGGGAGGAUGUCUGGACCAUCUGAUAAUGAUAGUGUCAUAGAUAAGGACUUGGCAGUAGCAGGUGGGCUUCUUUAUUAGAGAAAGCACUUUGUUACAAUUGAUAAAUUUCAGAAGACAAUUAGUGAAAAGCCAUGCGUGCUUAAGAGGUACUUAUAACCAGUAGUUAAUAAUGAUACUUUAAAACUUAACUGAAGUAUAUAGAACGUUCCUCAAGCACCUUGUUUAUGAAAUUUAUAACUGGGAUAUAAAAAUGUACAAAAUGUUCCAAUUGCUCAGCCAUGAGACUUGAAGUGUUCAAAGUCUACUUGUUUAAUUUUGCUCUCAAGCUACGAUGGCAUCAUUACGAUGAACGAAAAUCCAUCUUGCUCAAAUAGUUUUGUAAACAAACCAUAUUCAAGAUGUACAAUUCUGACUAUACAGUACAUCAGUAGCAUGUAAUAUAACAAAACUGAUCAUUCUUUCAAGGAAAAUAUCCUUUUACUGGCAAUGUGGAUUCAAACGCGGAUGUAUUUGAAUGCACUGGGACAUGUUUUUAAUAUUCUACCGCUUCUAAAAUAUAAUCGUUUAAUAUUUGUUAAUGGAGUGUUAUAAUUUAUCAAUGUAUCUAUUUACAGCUAAACUUUUGAACUAUACUAUAAACUGCACUUCAUUCCAUUAUACCAAACUGUCAGUAAUAACGUAACCUGAUUU